UAAUUGUAAGCGAGACAGCCGUGAUUCGGCGGACGUGAGACACAAGAGGACCGGCUGCCAUAAAAAGGCGCGAGUUUCUGCCGUUCUGCCUCAGAAGCUUGGAGCGUCUUGCCUCGUCGGGGUUUGAGUCAGCCAGGACAGCCCGUCACAGCGAAGUGUAAGAACCACCAGAGCCGGAAACAAACAUGGAGUUGAAAGUCGUGCUUCUGCUGUUCUCCCUGGUGCUACUCACCGCCUGUCUGGACGCCGCACCAAACUACGACAACCCCAACACAAGGACUGAGAGAACCAGGCUGGCCGGAUUCACGGACUUUGGGUACCCUGGGCCGGAGAACGCCUGGUACCCUGGUCACGAGAACGCGGUGACGGAGGAGAUGAUGCCGAUGCAGGAAGAAGCGGACAAGCGGAUGGCAGAGGCCGUCAUGUCCAGCGCCAAGAGUAAGAACGUCUACAAACUGGGCAGGUUGCAGGCGCUGAAGGCCAUCCUGGAUGACAUCACAGGCGGGAGGGGUGCUGGCAGGAAACGCGCGGCAGACUUGGAUGUGGAUAACCACGCCUACAAGUUCUCCUGGACGUCAAACAAGAAGGACAGUAACUACCUGCAGGUGGGCGACCUGGUGGAGCUCAUCCUCAACCAGAAGGUCCAGCUGCCAUAGGCUCGAUGGCUUCAGAAGACCGCAGGGCUUACGCACGGUGUUUGCUGCAUUUCACCCGAGAACAACUCAACAGCGCCCUCUAUCACCCCACCCAUGAGCUGCAGGAGAUGGCAGGCAAUACCAGGCACUGCUGCAGUUUCUGUUUCUCCCAUCCGAGAUUUGACCCCGACCUCCUAACGCUUGAUGAGCAGCGGAUAUUAUCGGUGUUAUAGCCUUAGAAUUGAAUCCAAUCACAUGGCUUUUGGUCUAUCACUAUAUCUACUUGAUAUCUCUCAAACUGUGUUUCUUUCGUUCACGUCGGUGCUAUGUUGUAUUGUAUAUUUCACCAAGGAUCUGAUAGAACGGUCCUUGGUUUCACCUUUCUUUCAUUGAUAUUUAGUUCUUUCGAAAAUAAAAUCCAGAGCAGCA